AAGAAGAGGAGGAGGAUUAGUUGUCUUCUUUCAUCUCAAGUCUAUGGCUCAGUUCUUUCCAGUUAUAUUUCUAAUUCUUUUUCCAUUGAUCUUCCUUGCCUUUUUGAGAUACAGCCUGCUUAAUGCCAGUUGUGGGGAAAUAUUCCACUUGGGUGUAUUAGGAAAGCCAUGAUACACAUGAGUCCUUCUACAUGUAGAUGGUGGCCUAACUAGGAGAUAUCGGCACAUGUCAGCCACUCAAACUACAAUGACCUUUUAAAGCCUUGUCUCAUCUUCUUCAAAACAUAUUCCUAGCCCUUUCCUCCUCCUUCACAUUUGUUUUGAUUUAUGCUUAGAGCCUGCCUGGUUCCAGGUGUGUGGAAAGCUGCCAGCCUGGAUUUAUGAAGACCGUUCGGGAAGGAAAGCCGAUGUGCUGCUACGACUGUCUUCCAUGUCCAGAAGAAACCAUCUCUGCUCGGGAAGAUGCUGCUUUAUGCACCAAAUGCCCACUAGACCAGCAUCCAAACAAGGACCAAAAUCGAUGCGUCCCCAAGAACACCACUUUCCUGUCCUAUGAAGAAUCUCUGGGGAACAUCCUGGUUUCCAUUGCCCUCCUCUUGUCCAUAACCACAUGUACUGUUUUUGGGGUCUUCAUUACAAACCAAGAAACUCCCAUUGUCAAAGCCAACAACCGGGACCUCUCCUACGUUCUCCUGGUCUCUCUCCUGCUUUCCUUCUUGUCCUCUUUCCUCUUCAUUGGCCAGCCAAGUGAAGCAACCUGCCUUCUUCAACAAAUAGUCUUCAAUGUCAUCUUCUCAGUGGCUGUCUCUUCCCUCUUGGCCAAAACCAUCACCGUGGUGCUGGCCUUCCUGGCCACAAGUCCAGGGAACAGGGCCAGGAGGUGGCUGGGGAAGACCUUGGCCAACGCCAUUGUCCUUUCCUGUUCCUCCGUCCAGGUUCUCAUCUGCUCCCUCUGGCUGGGCCUUUCCCCUCCCUUCCCAGACUCUGACAUGCACUCCCAGCCUGGGGAGAUCCUCCUGAAGUGCAACCCAGGGUCGGCGGCCAUGUUCUAUGCUGCCCUGGGCUACUUGGGCUUCCUGGCCGGGGUCUGCUUCACGGUGGCCUUCCUGGCUCGGAAGCUGCCGGGGUCCUUCAACGAGGCCCAGCUGAUCACCUUCAGCAUGCUGGUCUUCUGCAGCGUCUGGGUCUCCUUCGUGCCCACCUACCUGAGCACCAAGGGGAAGAACGUGGUGGCCGUGCAGGUCUUCUCCAUCCUGGCCUCCGGCGCUGGGCUCCUGAUAGGGAUCUUCCUCCCCAAGAGCUACAUCAUUCUCCUCCGGCCGGACCUGAACACAAAGGAGCAUCUAGCUAUAAAAAGUAAAGGUAGCACCUAAUUCUUAAAGUAUCACUUUGCCAAUUCAUGCACAAAACAGGGGUUGAAAAUAUACAGCGGGCCCUUGGUAACUGUUGAAGUUUGGUUCCAGGAAGUUUGGUACCCAGUGGAUACUAAAGUAAAUGGAUGC